UUUCAUUUUAUUUUUCCUCGCUCACGGCCAGAAAACCUUCCAAAAAAGUCUGAUAAAUAAAAUAAAUUUAAAAAAAAAACCUUCCAAAAUUGUAACCGUGGUUUUACAAGCGUAAAACCCUCACAUAUUUCCUUCCAAACCCACGAUAUCAUUGCGGCCAGAACAAAGCCACCGUAGCCUUCCUUACACAAACCGAACCACCACCUCGCCGGAAACCACCACAGAAGACGCCGCCGGUAAGUCUUUUCCCUCUUCACUGCUAAUAACCAAACAACCCGUGUGUUUUGUCCAGUCACCGUCGACCUCAGAGGACGUCGGAGCCACCCACUUUGCCAGAAACACGCAAGGCAAAGUGAAACACGCAAGUACCAGCAUUAGAACACCUUCCCAUCUCCUUCACGUGAGCCCCCUUGUCCUUAGAACAGAAACUUUCGCACAUACCCUAGAUCAGGAAACCCACCUGUUACACGCCUCUCCACUCGCCACACUCCGACAACCGGCGUCUACUCGAACCUCCACAACGUCGCAGCUCCCUCUUAUUGCUCCACGCCGUCGUGAAUCUUGAGUCGCAGGCUCGCAGCUCCUGUUGCUCCGUGACACCACUUCCACCGCCGCAGCUUGUGUCUUGGACUCUGCCGUAGCCUGUAGAUCCCCUUUAAAGUUGCUGCAGUUUUGCUUGCUUUGAAGGAAGUCCAGUUUCUUUGCUAUCUUGCUAUUGUUGCUGGUGAUUGAAUUCAACAUGUCAUCACUAAGGAAUGCUAUCAGUAGACGACCUCACAAAGAAAGAUCUCAACCGCAUUCAAGGAGAAAAUUUGGUCUUCUUGAAAAGCACAAGGAUUAUGUCGAGCGGGCACAAGUUUUUCACAAAAAGGAGCAGACUUUGCAGAAACUUAGGGAGAAAGCUGCUUUUAGAAACCCCGAUGAGUUUUACUUCCGGAUGAUGAAAGCAAAAACUGUUGAUGGAGUCCACAAAUUAGAGAAUGAGACAAACAAAUACAAUACGGACGAGCUUUUGCUUAUGAAGACCCAAGAUAUGGGAUAUAUUCUUCAGAAAUUGCAGAGUGAGAAAAAGAAAAUUGAAAAGCUUGCUGCCGUUCUGCACUCUCUUGAUAGUCAGCCAUCUAAUAGACACAUUUACUAUGCUGAAGACAGGGAGGAGGCUAAAGAAAUACAAUCACGUUCAAAGAAAAGAGGAAAAUUGCCUACUUCUGAUGAUGUUUUCGAUGAUAUUAGAAGCAAAACUGCCAUUUCCUAUAGAGAACUGGAAGCAAGGAGGAAUAGAGUGAGUCAGUUGGAGAAACUCUAUAUGGAUAUGGCAUUGCAGAAGGAACUACAGAAAAAGGGCCGAAAGCGCAAAUUACGUGAAGAUGAGCUUGCUUGUCCCACUUCUAAACCAGUAUACAAGUGGCGGUCAGAACGGAAGCGUUGAAAAGGCAUUUCGUGGGGCUUUUAUAAGGAUGCUUCGCAUUUAAAAGAGCAGAAGGCACCUGCAUUUUGUUUGUCAGAUUGGAGGCCUUCCAGUUUUUCCUUAAUGUUGUAAAGUAGCUUGUGCAUUUCUUGCGGCUUUUCAGAAAAAUGAUUGUCCAAUCAUCUGAGAAUUCUCUUUAGUUUUUAAAAUUUGCUAAUCAAACUGCUCGGAAGAAACUUGAAUAUGAGUGGCGCUUCUAUCAA